AGAUUGACUAAACUACAGCCAUAACGGCGAGUGUCACUGUGAUUGUUAAAAAUACCGUAUACAACUUUACAGUCAGUUUUGAGAUAAAAACCAACGAGCCAUUAUCAACAAACAAUGUAUUUUCAUACCUGACCUCAGUUUAUUCUCUUUUCUGCAGAGCUGAUAAUGCUUAAAAUGAAGCUGCCCAUGAAAUCGCCGAUGGAAGGAGGAGAUAAAACGACCGAGGACGAGCUUGAAGAAAACUCUGAAUGCAAUCUCCAUAUUCCCGGUUCUAGUUACCAGACGUCAACUGACACCAACAGGUUUAUAGAUUCUCAGAGCGGACUGCGGUACUCUCUAAAUAAAGAGGCGGUGUACGAGUGGUUCGGCUUGUACCUAAGCCCGGCCAAGCGGAUUGAGUUUAUGUGUGGACUGCUUCAUAUGUGUCAGCCGCUAGAGUUACGUUUUCUGGGCUCUUGCCUUGAGGAUCUUGCACGAAAAGAUUUCCACAUCCUCAGAGACUCAGAAAUAAGAGCAAAUGGACCGAACGAUCUGAGCUUAUUGACUGAUGUCAGUGACCCUGUGAUCCGGUCCAAACUUCUCGUUUGUAUGUCCCUGUUGAGGUCUGAGAACAGCGAGUGUGCUGGGAUACUGUUCCGUAUCCUGAGCCAUGUGGAUUCCUCCUUCAACUUCAAGAGCUAUGGCUUACCUGUCACUUCGUAUACAGACCCGCAACAUCAUCACCAUCAUCAUCGGUGUGGUGAUGGAGAGGAGCCCGGGGGAUCGUUGCAUGGUUGCAGGCCGCCAAUGGAGGUAGAGGCCGGUGUCCAGCAGCAGCUGAAGCUGCUUUUCACCAUGGCCUCCUUGCACCCAGCUUUCCCUUUUCACCAGAGAGAGAGUCUGAGAAUGCACUUGGAUAAGAUUGAGGGAUCUUUCGAAGAAGGGAGACCACAUUAUCAUCACAAUAAUACUCGGCAGAAUAACGUUCAACCAAAUGAUUGCUUUGCUCCCAGUACUGACAACCUGUUUGAAAGAACUGCAUCUACUUGGGGAAAUCAGACUGCCUCUAGGAAAGCACAGAGAGAAGCAGUACACAUAGAGACGAUUGUGCUGAAAGGAGUGUCACGAAGUAGGAUAGACAGAUGCUUGGAGUACACAUUUGAGGUCAAGUGGUCUAAUUUGUCGCUGAGCUCCGUAACAAAAACACACCAAGAACUUGAAGACUUUUUAUUAAAGCUACCAAAAGAGGUUUCCACUGAAUCGUUUGAAAGAGGCAUUUUAAGAUUGCUGAACCAAGGCGACAAAUGGGGACAUGGGGACCUGGAGCAGACCUUAAUGGAUGCAUUUCUCACAGCGCCACAAGCUUUCCGGCAAAGAGAUAAGGUCUGUCUUUUCUUCCUUUCCAACUCAACAGACCCAGGCCAUAGCCACAGUAUGGAGCCGCACGUGGCAAGUCUUCCUAAGAAAUAUGCUGGAAAAAACCCCAGCCUCAACGUUCUGGGUAGCAAGGGUUCUCAGAUGGAGGGACUGAGGGCCCAGCACUUGAACCACAAUGAAGUUCUAGAUUGGGGGAAGAAAAGUUGCUCUUUAACACACAACCGAGAGCACUGCAAGCCAGCUUCUGAUCAGCAUCUAAGUGAAGAUAAAUUGAGUUUCCAUCCUGGCAGCAAGAAGAAAGUGAAAUAUGCGACUGACCGAGAGAAGGGGAAGAAAGUGGACAGCAGAAUAAGCUACAUCACCAAUGGUAUCCUGGGACCUGUGCAAUCAGAGUCUGGGAAAGAUCCCAGGCUGGAUGCUGGCUCGGGUCCAGACACCUGUGGAGAGACAUCCUCUGAGAGCUACAGCUCCCCCUCCAGCCCAAGGCACGAUGACAGAGAGAGCUUUGAAAGCGAGGACGAGAAGGACAAGGAUACUGACAGUAACUCUGAAGACUCUGGCAAUGCAAAGGGUGCAGCUUCUGUUGAGGGAAGGUCUGUUGCCCCAGCUGUGUUCCUGAAGGAUGCUGUCUUGCAGCCAGAGAACCCCCUGUGCACCUCCAAGUUCACGCAGCUGUCUUUCAUGCCGCCCAUCCAGUGCAUGAUCCAGCACGGUGCUCUCAAGCCCGAAGGAAUGGUCCCUCCACAGACAGUAGACGGCAAGCCUAUGGGCUUGAUGGUGACCGUGCCCCCUGCUCUUCCUUGCAUGAGGGAGCCCAUGGUAAGCCCUGCAGCAGCCAGAGACUUAGAGAAGCAGCACCUAGAUACCAUAUCUCUCCCAUCUGCCUUAAGACCUUCCCAGCCGCAGCAACCAGGCAGCCCAGCUGUCCACCCCCUAAUUGAGCGCUUCAAAAUAACUGCCCCGCACAUCUGCCAGAGCUCAGAGAACUGCAUCACUACCCAGCAUCAGCCAGCAGUGGGUGCCAUCAAUUUGAUAUCCCCUAACUCAGCCUACAUGUCCACCCUGAAGACAGCCGGACGAUAUCCGAGCGGAGAGCCAAUGAGGUCAGGCCUGCCCCCCGCAAUGCCCCUCACUGAGCCUAUACAAACCCACAACAAGCCUCUAUCAUUGUCCUUGCCCACAGGCCUGCCAGCUCCACUGCCGUCCUUUGGCCUGCCAGUCUCCAGGUCCUCCCCAGGAGCUGCGGGCACUCCUCCUCCUGCUCAUCCCCAGGCAGUUGGCCAAGUUCAGGCCAUGGUGCCUCCAGCUGUUCCCACUCACACCCCGGGACCUGUGCCUAGCCCCAGCCCGGCUGUCACCCACAGUACAGCUCAGAGUGACAGCACUUGCUACAUUGACAGUAGCGGGAGCUCUGCCGGACCCCAUCAGCCACCACAGCAGCCGCAGCCGCAUCCCCCUCCGCAACAGCUGGGAUGUGGGGCUUGCGGGUGCCGGGGCAGCUGCGGAAGCAACCACCCACCCAGCUUCUUCUUCACCCCCCAGCUGCAUCGGCAGCUCUACAGCGUCCAGCCGCUCUUCCACCUAACGACCCUGUGCAACAGCAGCUACCUCAACCAGGCGCACCAGAGCAACGGUGCAACACAGCUGCCUUUCUUCCCACCUGCUCACUCGCCCUACCCUAAUGGCCCCUUGCUGCACGCACACACAGACCACAUGCUUGGCAACCAGGCCAACUAUGGCCUCCAGCAGAUGGCUGCUUUCGGUCGCUUCUACCCACUGAUGUAUCAGACGGUUAGCAUGAUGCCAAAUGCUGCCAGCGGGGCAGCAGUGAAGAAGAACGGGAACAUCUCCUGCUACAACUGCGGGGCCAGUGGACACUACGCACAGGACUGCAAGCAACCAUCAGUAGAGGCAAGCCAACAAGGUGGCUUUCGCCUUAAGUUUGCUCCUCCAUCUCAUCCUGAGACUCUAGACUCUGCAGACUAAAACAGCUGGACACCACAAAGGCGCUUUAUUCUUUCUUAAUAAAGAUUAGUUUCCUGAGAGCCAGUGUUUUAAGAUUUUUCAACCUCUUCAGGGGAGUGGUUUAGUUAAUCUGAGAACGUGUGCCUAAAACUCAUCUUUAUCACAGGUGAGGGAAACAAUCAGUUACAAAGAGCAUAAUGUUGAUCUCUAGUUUUGCACUGAAGACUCGCAAGAAGCACUUGCAAUGUUUACUGAAUUAUUUCUUAAUUAAGUACCACCAUGUCACUUAAAAGAUUUUUGGUAACAUUGAAAAGAUUGGUUGUCAUUUUGCAUAGGUAAUGUGUUUAUGCUUUCUUUUCUGUGUUAGAUGCAGAAAGUUGAAGCUUUCUAUUACAAGACUUGCUUAGUCUUUUUUUGUAACAAUACAUUGAAAAUCUGAUUUUAGAGUCUGUGCCUAUAUUUACCUUGUUGGAGCAAACGUUUAAAAAAGAAAGGAAAAAAGCUUUAAAAAGGAUAUGAAUUUUGUAAAUGGAAAGAAAUGUGUUUUAAGUAUUGUGUUAGAGCAGCUAAUUAACAAACAUCUAAUUUUUAUAUUUAUUUGAAAUCUUAAUUUAAAAAGAACAAAUAGUGUGAAUGUUGUAUAAAAUGUUCUGUUUAUAUGAAAACAUGCAAGAAGCCACAGUAAAUUCUUAAAAUACAUGUCUGGUUUUAGUGUCAUAUUAUUAUUAUUAUUCUAUUAUAUUAUUAUUCUUAUUAUUUUUCCCCAAAACAAAAAUCUAGAUUAUUGCA